CUUGCAGAGGUAAUGAAGAGCAAAACCUUGUACUUAACCCAUGUAGAGGAUGGGAAAUUAAAUGUUUCAGAUGACUUCAUCCUCAGUAUGUUUUCAGCUUUUUAAUUUUUGUGAAAUGCAGCUAAUGCAGUGCAUGUACCUUUAAAAUAUCUAAAGAUUUUUUUUUUUUUAAACCACGUGUUCUCUAAAAGUGAUGUAAAUGCAAGUGUGUUAAGGUUGGAGGCUUGUGAGAUGGAUGCUACUUCUUGACAUAAUACUUUGUGGCCCCAAAUUAGUAUCUUUAAAAAAAAAAAUCAGGAUCAUUGUUACGGCCGGCAAGAGACUAAUGGAACACAAUGUAAUGUGAAUGAUGGCCAGGCUUUACUCCGGCUGCGCUGUUUUCUUCUUCCUGUUACAUGACCUGACAUUGCGAAUGUGUGACUCAUAAGGGAGACACAAAUGAAGCGAAGCCAUUACGAAUUUUGGAUUACUAAUAAGCUAUCUUUCUUUGUGUAAACGACAGACGGCUUGUUUGUAUUUAAUAUCGGUUGUUGAAAGUGUGAACUUCCGGUUGGGCACUUCAAGACAGUGCGUCGCCGUCUCCAUGGUUACCUUACUGAAUACUGGCAAAGGACAGCAGCCACAGAGAAAAGGUCUUCAUGAAGGAGACAAUCCACCCACAACAUAGACAUGGAUAAAGGACUCAAACAUGGAAAGAUGUGUCAUGUGUUGAAAACUCAAGAAGACAGGCGAUCUUCAAGACAAACAGCUCUCAUCAAACAGUGGGAAUUUGUAAAGUCAGACACCAGAGGUUUGGCCCAAGAGAGAGCCAUCCAACAGCAGCUGCAACUCAGCCACCAUGACCAAGUCAAAUUCAUAUGGAGUCAGAAGGAGAAUGCUGAUAGUUUACAGCAAGGAGACCAUGGAAAUGAGGAUGCAGAAGAAGAAAAUGAAUAUCUUCACCUAUAUGAUAGUCUAGAAGUUCACCCCCAAGACAAGAAGAAUCCCAUCCUGUUAGACUCCAAACAUUUGGGAUCACAAAUAGAAGAAAAAGAAGAGAAAGGCCAGCUGCUCUCUGAUGACGUCUAUUCUGACCUCCGCUAUGAUCCCAAUUGGAGGACCAACCUGAAGGGAGCUGGCCGCUUCAAUGAGAGUCCACAGAUUUCUGUCAAAGAGUGUUACCAGAACCCAGAAGAGCCAUCUAAUCAGUGGUGUGAUAGCAGAGGGGGGCUGGUCAUAAAAGGAGGCUACAGAUACAUUGUUGACACAAGUACUGCGCCUGUGUUGACUCCUCAUAUGGCUAGCAGUGAGUCUGAUCACUUGUACCGCUUAUGGCCCCAAAAUGAUCAGACUAGCUCGGCAACAUCUCCCCAAUGUCUCAACAGUUCCGCUAAAAAUCAAAGUGACAACAAUUUGCAGAGAGGAUUCAGACAGAUGGGUGAAAAAAGCCUUGACAAUGUUGGUGAAACUAUUAGCAUAACGUCCAAGCAGACAGAGGAUAUACAGUCGAUGCACGUUCAAGAACUUCAGACCUGCUACCAGAAAGAAGUAAAACACACGCAAGAAGGACCCAUUCAAACACAGCAAAGGAGCACAUCCCCACUGAUGAGUCCUAAGGUUUUGUCGAAUAAAAACCAGCGUCCUCUGAUUGAGAACAAAGUGCAACACAACAUAUUAACUCUGGGCCGUAUCACACCCAAAUGUGGAUCCUACGUGAAGGCGUACGCCCUUAAGCAGGAGAUGCCUCAUCAAAAAAAGGUGCAUGUAACUCUUGAGAAGACAGCAAGUGCAGAAAGUCAAACAGGCAGUUCAGCCCCCAAGUUAAGCUUGCUGCAGAAAACGCAGCAGCUGAAGGUCGCCAAGAUCAGCAAAGGAAAAAAAGCCAAGCAGAAAGAAUACUCCAACCCCUCUCAGCAGCAACAGAAUCCUUCCCUGAGGGUCGAAGCUGAGCAUGGAGACUGUCUGCACUCCCAAUUAGCAAAAUCAGCCACUGUGAAUCAGACAGAACCACAGAAGACAACUUCAUCACAGCCUUUGCCCUCCACAGUCCACCUCAGCAUCCACCUAAAUACUGGAUCCCACCUACUUCCACUACUCCAGCAAAUGGGCCAGAAUGCCAUCAUCAACUUACCAUCUCUUCAUGAUCAUACUUAUAGGACCUCUGCAUCUAAAAGCGCCUUGUCUCUGGCGUAUAAACAGACAACUGUAGAAAAGUCCAACCACGUGUCUCGGAAAGGGUUAAAUGUACACCUUACCCACCAAAACUGGGAGAGUGGCCCUGAACAAUGGGAAAGGACAGAGGAAUUAAAAUGUCCAUCUUAUAAAGGAGAGGACCAGAGGUGGAGUCCAAAUGAAGGUUACGUGAAUACAUUUGCACAAAAUUUGCCCAGGACACUUACCAGCACGUUACCACAGGUCAUGGGCACGUCCAAAGUUCUGCCUCCCAUAGGACAGCCAAUAACAGGAAAAGGAACUGAGCCAAGCAGUGGUCACAGUGUGAACACAGCGUAUCCCAUCCACAGAAGCAGCUCUGAUGGCUACCUGGUUCAGAUGGAGAAACAGAGGCAGAUGAGAGCAAAAGACACCGACAAGGCAUCUUGUGUGAAAGACUACAAACUACUGAAGUCAGAUAUAAAAUUCCAAGGCCUCAACCCUGACUGCGCUGCCAAUGAAAAGACAAAAUUGAAACGACAGAAGCUGUAUUCAAAUGUGAUCCGUGAGCAGAACAAAAAGCUAAGUGGGAUUCCCUUUCCUCGGACCAAGGACCAGAAAGACUGUGACAAGAAAGUUCCCAGGAUGAAGGCCUUGGAAUAUGUCAAGACCAUAGCCAAACCCCCUAUCCAGUCCCGACCAAAAGUGAAACAGAGAAACCAGUCUGAAGGCAUCACUGAGCAUGCUCCUUUCAUGAAGGGCUUGGAUGUGUCCCAGCUGGCCACACUGCAGCUCCUUAGGAAACGGCAUGAAGAAGAAAAGCAGUCUGUGGCGCUCUUUACAAAACAACAUGCUGUCUGACGGAAGGUUCAGUUCAUGUAGCCUGCAGACGUACAGUGAGGGUUGGCAACUGCACUCCUAGGUAUAGGACACAACAUGUCGCUGUGUACAUUUUCAGUCAUUUUCCAAAGUAAUUAUGAUAAGAUAGAUAAAGAUAACCUCUGAGGAUGAGGAGUGCACCUGCCUCUGUGUUACUUUUAACACUGUGUGUCAUCAGGUCAGAAAUUCACUUGAUUGCUUUACUGUAAAGGUAGAGGGUGCUAUUCUCUCCGCACAAGCAGACAUAAAGGUCUCUGAGCUUCUGGUUAUGAUAGAUGGUGAAAAGAGAAAAACCAUUAGUAAAAUGUCUGAGCUAAACAUAUUUAUUUUUGUUGUAUUUGGCUUUGAUUUCUGGAAUGGAUCACACCAAUGUCCAAAAAUAUGUAUAUUAAUGUUAAUUGUUUCAAGCAUAGAUGACAAAGAAAUUAUUUAAUUGGUGUUUUCAUUAGAUGUUAGUAGUUGCACUUAUAUGAUUUUAUUGUAGGGAAGGCUACACUGUUUUUGCAGAAGGAACUGGUGAUUCUCAAACUGUCAGCCAGGUAUAACCAAGUGAGAGGAGAAAAACUGAAAAUAUGUCGAAAAUAGCAAGAAAACAAAAAACUGCGACAGUUUGCACGCUCGUUGCUUUGGGUCUGCUGCUGUUUUCAUUUCUCUGGUUUAGAGUGUCAAAAAUUGUGCGUAGAUGAGGGACGACACUUUGAAGCUGAGCUGAUUUGGUCCUGGUCCUAACUCCACCUCAGCACACAAACGCUCUCAAGCAGCUCAUUUUACUAAUUGAACUCUCAGAUCAUUAUCAAAGCACUAUUUACCUCUGUGCAAUAUUUUAAUUAGAUUAUAGUCUCUAUUUAACCCAUCAUGGACUCUUUGAAGCUCUGUGUUUUUAGUGUUAAGUCCUCAGAUGCGCGGUUGGAAACAAAUGGCUGAGCCCUUUUUAAUUUAAUGAGAAUCACUGCCUAUCCAGACUGAGUCUCUUUGCAUCUUUUUUUUUUUUUUUGGUCCCACCUACUCGUUUUUCACUAUUGAAAUCCAGUUAAUUGAAGGAGUCUUUCACCGCUAUACAUGAAGGGGGCUAAAUUAGCAUCCCUUUCUGCUCAUUGGGGAAGCUAAGGCAGGCGUGGAUGCUUUGAUGUGAGAAGCACGCUUUCAGUAGGCGGCAGGCUUCCUGAAAAUGAGCUGAUGGCCCUGCUAUUAGGCCCAAAUGCAGAUGCGUUUAUGUGUUGCAAAACGCUUAAUCUUUUAAUUGAUCACCUUCUGCAUGGCCUAUUCUCCGCAUAGUUUUUUUCUCUGCUGCUUGUUAAUCAGAAUCACGUUUUGAAGAUGAUGUGGAUUGCUUUUGAAAAGGUAGGAAAGGAUCCAGCAUUAAGGACAAGAGAGGAUUUGCUUGUUAUUGUGCAAAUUCUCAGGGAUGAGAUCAGAUAAAGUGUUGGAUAAAAACAAUUUAAUACGUGUAAUAAGAGCUGUUUUAAGAUCCUGAAAUGUCUUCGUCCACACAAAAUUCAGUGAAAGCGUUGUCAAAUUUACCAUCAAAUGCCUGUUAACCCUCUACCCUCCCUUUUUACAGCAAUAAUUAGACAAUAAAUACAUUUAUUAGGAAGAAACUUUUUUUGUAGAGUCUUUUAGACAUUAAGUCUGUGGACAAGAAGGAGCGCAGUCAAAUGUGUCGAAGUAGAUUUUGUGCUGAUGCUGAACAUCUGUUGAUGAAGCUUUUUAAAGAUGAAUGAAUGAGAUAUCCUGCAGUAAAUGAGUGAAAUAACCCUUUUGUUUUUUGCAUCCACCGUAGUAACUGAGUGCCUGCUGCAGUAAAUUCCAGAUGACAAACUCCUAUAAUUCCCCCAGCAGAGUGAACAUGAGCUACAGUUCUUUUAUGUUCAAUGCUGAUGGACAGUAAGAUACAGAAAUGGAAUUCAGUCUUGCUGAAAAUUUUCUCACUUUGUCACAGUCUUUCCGUAUCAAAGAAGUUACUUCUUAAUUAUACAGAAAUGAAUGUCCCUCCAUCCACUUUCGAUACACCGCUUAAUCCUCAUUUGGGUUGUGGGGGACUGGAGUCUAUCCCAGCUGACUUAGGGUGAAGUUAGGAGACACCCUGGACAGGUCACCAGGGCUACAUAUACAGACAAACAAUCACACUCACAUUCACACCUAUGGACAAUUUAGAAUCACCAAUUAACUUGAGCAUGUUUUUGGACUGUGGAAGGAAGCCAGAAAACCUGGAGAAAACCCACUCAUGCACAGAGAGAACAUGCAAACUCCAUGCAGAAAGAUCCCUGGAAGGCCGGGACACAAACCGGGGAUCUUCCAGCUGUAACCAUGAAGCCACUGUGCAGAUCUCUGUUUAAAUAAUAUGUAUAAUAUAAAUAAUUGCAUCUGCAAAAUUUAAUUUUAAGUUGCUCAUUUGAAAAAUAAAAACAAAACUGAAAUUACUACUACUAAUAAAAACAAAACAUCUUUUUCCGUGGUCAUAUGUCGGCACCAAAUAGUGAAUAUAAUAAAGAUUUAUUAUUAAGAGGGCAGCACAAAAAAUACAUUAAAUGCUGGAUAUAUCAAAAUUUUGGAUUUAUUUGAUUUUGCGCCAUUUUAUACUGUCAUGCUUCUGGGCAAAAGUAAUUCAUAUUUUUUGGUCAAAAAAUAUGUGCACAUUAAGUCUUAAACAGUGGUGCCCCAACAUAAACGAGUGGCACGUUUCCAUGAAGAAAAAGAGACUUGUGGAUGUCAGAGCUGUCACUUCCUGUAGGAACAAAUGUUUUCCAUUUGCACACAAUAUUCAGAAACAUCUUCAAACACACGACUGCCACGACAGCAGAGGUGUUCAGAAUAGAGUAGCCUUCAUUAGAAUCCCCUCUUCAUUUAUUUUAAUCAAAAACAAUAGAAACAAACGAUCUGAUUCUGUGGACUGUUUUCCUGAUUGAUUUUCUUCAGAAAAUCAAAAGCAUGAAGUGCCUAACUGCCUCAUGGCCUAGAUUAUUAUUUUAUAUCCUAUAUAUAAAUGCAUUUGACUGUUCUUAGCAAUGAGCUGACACUUAUAGAUAUUUUAGAAAAAAAAUCACCAUUGUUCUCAUUUGUUGCUCAGAAUUCAGCUGCCCUAGAAUAAAGCUGUAAUCCCUGCCUUUUAUUGGCGAUUGAUUAAACUGAAUCUGCUGAAACAAG